GGCUGAAGCGACACCAUGAAAUGAAAUCGUCCUUUACAACAGCAUGGUUUCAAAAACAUGCCUUCAAAGGAUAAAACGGACUUUCAAACUCAGAAAAAAUACUUUCACAGGCAAAGAUCAUGUUUAUUCAAGUUAUUUAUUGGACUGCCUCUGCUAGUAAUCAUGUGCAUUCUGGUGGAAUGGUCAUAUAUGAGUAAUGACAAUCAGAAACACGCUCCACCCAGCUUUCUGUCUAAGCACUUUGCAGAACUCCAGAACUCUUCAACUUAUGAUGAUCCUGCAGGGUCUCAGUCACUAAGAAGCUUUUUUCAAUCUGAAUUUGGAAUCAGUUCGCAGAGUUACUAUAUGUUACAACAGGGUGUUUACUGGCCCGGGCCUCAUAGACCAACUACAAAUUUAUCAAUGAGUACUAGUCCAGAGCACACCAAAUUCACCAUUCAGAAUCUAAAAGAGAGCUACCAAACUGGCGAGGAACUUUUUGUUACGGUGCAUGCAAAGGACUUCAACAAUAACUCCAAAGGCUACGGAGGAGACUUUUUUCAAGCCAAGUUAUUCUGGUCCAAAUCUAAGGCCAGUGUUUUUGGGGAGGUGGUGGACCUGCUCAAUGGCUCCUACUCCGUGCGUUUCCUCCUGCCGUGGGUCGGAGAGGCUCAGGUUGCUGUGCGUUUAAUUCACUCCAGUGAAGCUGUGCAAGUCCUGAAGCAUCACAGAGAUACUGACUCGGACAGAGUGUACUUUAAUGGAUAUUAUGAGGCUUCGGGACCAAAUAAAACCAGGCUGAGUGAAGUUGUGGAGUGUAAUGUGAAGUGGGACAAGAAUGGAUUAGAAAGUUUAGGAACCAAAAACUGCUGUUGUGAAUACAGCGAUCCUCGUACCAAAGAAACAUGGCGCUGCAAGAAACCCAAAUCUCUGCCAUGCAGUGCCCUCGUCUACCACUCCAUGGGCUCUUACAGAAACCGACUGACUAAAGAGGAGAAGGCACUAAUGGAGAAAACUAACAAAGGUAUCAGUGGAGAUGAGAACAUCAUCAAAAUACUUCAUUCUCCUGGAAAUAAAACUAUUGAUGUUACAGAGAAAUGUCAACCUGCUUUGCACACUCCAGUUCCAGCUGGCUUUUUCCUGGAUGAUGUGUGGACAUCAUUCGUCUGCAACAUCAGCCAUUUUACACUCCAAACCACAACCAAGUGCCUGAAGGACAAACACAUCUACAUGAUGGGAGACUCAACUAUGAGACAGUGGUUUGAGUUCUUUGUGAAAACAAUACCAACCCUGAAGCAGAUGAACCUCCACGUCCAAUAUAACGCCGGGCCACUCAUGGCAGUUGAUGUGGAAAACAACAUUGACUUACACUGGAGGGCUCAUGGCUUUCCUCUUCGCACUUUCAAGACAGCGGUGGCUAGUUUGCAUUAUAUCAGUAAUGAGAUUGAUGACCUGGCUGGAGGCCCCCACACAAUCAUCAUGCUCAAUCUGGGGCCCCAUUUCACCACGUACCCUCUGGAUUUCUUCACUCUUAGAGUGUUGAGGAUCCGCAAAGCUGUUCUUGCACUUUUACAGCGAGCGCCUGAUACUACUGUUAUCAUCAAGACUGUAAACACUGGCUAUAAGGAUGUUUUUGGCAGUGACUGGUAUUCUCUGCAGCUGGACAGAGUUCUGCGUUGGGCUUUUCAGGAUGUGGGUGUUUAUAUUCUGGAUGUAUGGCAAAUGACGGCCUGUCACUACAGCGAAGAGAACAUUCAUCCAGGCCCCAUCAUCAUCAAAAAUGAGAUUGAUGUUUUGCUGUCUUUUAUUUGCCCUUACUGAAUUAAAAUGAACUCAGUUUUUUUUACCGAGCCACACUGUUUGACUUCACUGUUUAAACUGUCCAUAAUAAACCACUCCUUGAAUUUUAAAUCUGAUGUGUGCAUGUUUUAGCUCCCACACUUUAAAGUUUAUGUGAAAUCCAAAUUUAUAAUGUUUAUUUAGCUAGCGCACAUUGUAAUUCUUUAGGUGAACAUUAAAUGCAUGCAA